AUGUUGCUAAUUCCCCUACUGCUACUGACAAUUGGGUCUUCGGCCGCAAUGAAGACCCCGAAAUGCACACACAACGCGUACGUUGGGACGGUCGCGGACCUGGACGCCGGGAAACCGCUGGGCGAGCCGAUUCAUGAGGCCACCGUGGGCAUCAGCGUGGUCCAUCGGUGGAGCUGUGAUGGGGAUGGUGAGUGAAAAAGUGCUAGUUUUUUUGAUGAAAAGGUGAUUUUAAAAAGAGUUUUUUCUGUGGUAUGUAUAAUAUAUUAUAUCGUCUGCUAUCAAAUGAUUUUUUUGGACAAAAAAUCUUAUCAAUGGCUUUUAGCGAGCCAUUGAUAAGUACCCCAAGAGCGGCCCCCAGAUUUUCUUUUUUCUUUAUCAAUAUGUCGGGAAAAUAACGUGGAUUCGUCGCGCCUUGGGAUCGCCCAACAUCACUUUUCGACGACUGGCUGCGGUUGGAAGAAAUUCGCAAAAAUUGCCCCACUUUUUUCAAACUUUCGACUAAAAAAUUUCGGUCGUUUCUGCAAAAAUAGCAAGCUAGGAGUCUCGCAUAUCUAUCUAAAAAAUUAUUUUAAAUUUGUGCCACGCUCUAUCAAAAUUUGAGGGUCGCACUUGUAACACCUCCUCUGUCAGUCCCCCUAGGAUUCAUUUUACAGAGGUUAUAUCGCUUUUUCCUACGGUUCCUGCGGUGAUUUGACGAUAAAUCACCAGCCUUUUGACCCAUCACACUUCAUUUGUCAGCCAUUUGUUUCAGAACUAGCCGGUGUGUCCUUCCGCAACUGCUAUGUGUCGGAUGGAGAGACCCAUCUGGCCGACGUAAUCGACCAACACGGUUGCUCCAUGGACUCUUUGUUGGUGUCGAAUAUUCGGCGCUCCGCAGACCAGAAGACGACGUUCAUGGAGACGGCGGUCUUCAAAUACGCCAACCAAUCCGAACUCUGGUAUUUCUGCGAAGCGCAGACCUGCACUCAAGGACGUUGCGAUAAUAUUAUGGUAAGACAUUCAACUGGACGGCAGACUGAGAGUAUAUCAGUCUGUCGGGAAAAUAAUGAGCACUCAGUCGCAUUGAAAAUCGCAUCGGCGCCGAGAAAAUGAAUUGUCUCGCGGAGAUUUUUUUACUUCAGCGACACGAUUUGCAAAGCGAUAUUGGACUUAUUAUUUUCCCGACAGACUAUUUUCCAUGCCGUUGGCGUAAAAAUUCCAUAAACAUUCCUGGGCCGAUUGCCGAGAGUCAAGACUUUAUGGCGACGUUUGCGCUACGGCUUUUCGGAUCAGCAACAGCUCGGGUAGGCCUCAAAAUUUAGUCCGCCGAGCCUUCGCCGACCGUCAGCCGAAAAUCCAACGGCCUUGUCAGGCUUCGCAGGCAAUUCCUACAAUCUUUUUUUGAGUAUCUACCUGGUUAGUCAAAAUAAUAAGAUGAUCGGGUCUUAGGACAGCUUAUCACUUAUUUUGAGGUUUUUUACAUGUGCUCACAUCAAUAAUUUCUAGGUAAAAGUUACAGAUCUUCGUUUUUUGCCGCAAAGUUUUUUUUUUUAUGUUACGGUGACUCAGGAGGAAAGAAAACUAACGUUAGUAGUAGCUAUAAUUAGAAAAAAUGGGCGUAUUGAAAGUCUUUGCCAAGUCUCCGCCGAGCCUUCGCCGAGCGUCCGGCAAGCAUCCAACUGCCUUGCUAGGCCUCGUAGGCACUUUCUAUAACCUUUUUUUGAGUAUCCACGUGCCCUACUCCCCGCCAUAUGCCUCGAAUCGGUCGAUUUUCUGUUCACCCGAACGGUCGUGGACCCGAAAACUGAUGACGUGGCGAUGCUUUCAUAUUGUCCCCUCCUUUCCUUCCAAAACCAUCUCAAAUUUCAGCCAAUGCCGUCUUGCUUCAAGUACAUUGACCCCUCCAAAGAGCAGCAUCUCCUGAUCCCCUCAAAGCCCCUGCCGCAGCCCGCACCGACCGCCGACCUGGACGCGGAACUCGACCAGAUCAUGCGCGAAUUGAACGGCACUUAUCAGCCCGCCCUCAUCGUGUCCGGCCGGCUGCACGUGCGGAAGGCGAGCGUCAACGCGUCGCAGAACGAAACGACAAAGCCGGUCGAUUUUACGACCCACGCGAACAGCGUGGUGGACGACGAGGUCAUGGAGAAGAUGACGUUCGGCCGCCCGCUCACCUGGAGCGGCACCCUGGUGUUGAUUGUGGGCCUGGGCACGCUGAUUACGCUCUCGGCGUGCGCCUUCUUCGCGCUGAUUUAUCGACGGUUUGAGAGGGUCAUCGACUGCGGGAACCAGAAGAGCGAGUAUCCCAUGUAA